AUGUCUGCCGUCAACGAGAACUCGUCGGACUUCUGGUCCAACCCAGUGGAUCACUUCCGCCCCAACCUUAAGGCACUGACGCUGUACGCCGACUACCAGUACUUCAUCGACAACUGGCUCCAUAUCAAGGAGCGGUGGCUGGCGCCAUGGUACAUGCCGUGGUGGAUGCCCAUGUACCAGAUCGGUACGUGGUACUCGCAGCGCACGAGGAACCUCUUCCUGGUGGAGAACCACCUCAGCUACCGCCCGUACAAGUAUCGCCGCAACGACGAGGACCGCAAGAACCCGUACUGA